AUGUCAGGAAGGGGUAACCGGCUCACCCCACAAUUGCAACCCUUCUGGAAGGAUGACUUUAAUACGGAUAAACUGGAUCUAAAUAAUUGGCAAUUUGAAGUAGGAAGGGGUCCUAAUAAUGAUGGUUGGGGUAAUAAUGAAUUAGAGUACUAUACUGACGGCCCUAAUGUCGCCGUAGCUAAUGGUGUGAUGUCUAUCAAUGUAAAGGUUGAGGACAUGAAUGGUGGUCAGUAUACUUCAUCGCGUUUGCAUUCAAAAAAUUCAUGGACUUACGGCCUGUUUGAAUGUCGGGCCAAAAUGCCAAACGGCAAAAAUCUGUGGCCCGCUAUUUGGAUGUUACCCGAAAAUAAUAUAUAUGGAACAUGGGCUGCAAGCGGUGAAAUAGAUAUAGCAGAGGCUCGAGGGGAACGACUUAAUCAAUUAUUAGGCAGCAUUCACUUCGGCGGUCAAUGGCCUAACCAUUUAGUUGCGACCAGCAAUGAGGUCAACUUUACCGUCGAUUUUUCGGCCGACUUUCAUGUAUUCGGAAUGGAAUGGAGUGAGACAACCGUGAAAUGGACAGUCGAUGGCAACCAAUUUUCCAUACAAGAUAUCAAUCGUAAUUUGUCUAACGGUGCACCAUAUACGAAAAAUGGUCAACCAUUUGACCAACCGUUUCAUUUGAUAUUAAAUGUGGCAGUGGGUGGCCAAUUUUUCUCGAACCCACAGUACGGGCCAAUGGUAACACAGGACGAGGCCAAACAAUGGCCUCAACCCAAUAUGCAGGUCGACUGGUGUAGUGUAUCGCAAUUCACACCAACUGAUACAACACUCGCUACUACUACAACACAUGCACCCGAUACCGUGACAACCCAUCCACCUGAUCCCGUGACAACCCAUCCACCUGAUCCCGUGACAACCCAUCCACCUGAUCCCGAACCUGCAGCUAAUACGACAGAUCCAGUAACUCCGACCAAAAAACCUGGUCCAACUAAAAAGCCGGGACCAUCUAAAAAGCCGGGACCAUCAAAGAAACCGGGACCUUCAAAGAAACCCGGACCGUCUAAAAAACCGGGACCAUCUAAAAAACCGGGACCAUCUAAAAAACCGGGACCAUCAAAGAAACCGGGACCAUCCAAAAAACCUGGACCCUCUAAGAAACCUACGCCAAAACUAGUUUGUUAG